UGUGAAUUUGAUUUGAUUUUGUAAAUGAAAAAAUUGGUAAAAUCUGUGUGUCAGUUUGUAAAUCCAUUUUUGUAGUGCGUCUAAUCAAAAAGAAAAAGUAGUUUUAGUUUACUUGUGAUACAGAUUUACAGCUUUUCACUGGAUCAGAACAGCCUCAUGAUUAUACAACAUGGACGAGCCCUCCACAAGCGGAUCACCUCCAUCCACCAGCGUCGUAGUCCCCGAGUCUCCGGGGAGCCCCAACUUAUUAGAUCCACCCUCCCCGGACAGUCCAGGCCUGGGCUCCCCUCUACGACUUGAUACCAACCCGGAAAUCUUCGAGCAACCGGAAGAUGAGUACAGUAACAUAGGAACAGAUUCAGGCCCAAUAAAUUUCAGCGAAAGCAGCCGAAGUAACUGGAGGAGGCUGGAUGACGAAAACUCCAACUCAGCUUUACCACACAGUUCCACCAACGAAGACAGCAAUAGCACAGCCAUACAGUCUAUGAAUGAGGAGUCUAACAGCAUGCUGUCUAUACCUGAAGCGCAGGUCAGGAAAAGUGACGACCACUCCGACGAACCCCCCAGCAAAGUUAGGAAGAUUUCGUCGCCGAAAACGGACGACAUGGACGGAGAAACGUGCCCCAUUUGCUUAGAUUCGUGGGGCAAUUCUGGGGAUCAUAGAUUGGUUGCGUUAAAAUGCGGUCAUCUGUUCGGUUCGCAGUGCGUCGAGCGUUGGUUGAAAGCGCAAAUAUCUAAAGACAGAUCGUGUCCUACCUGCAAAAGUAAGGCCCAUUUGAAAGAUCUAAGGCACAUCUAUGCUAGACGCUUGGUGGCUGCAGACACGUCGCAAGUAACGACGCUGCAGAAUCAAAUUCAUACGCUUCAAGCAGAGAAGAGCCGAGCGGAAUUGGAUCUCCAAAAGUCGAGGAUAGCCCACCGAGCCUGCCUCUUACAACUCGAAGUGCUUAGGAGCACUUUGAUGAAGUGCCAAGUGGCGAAAGAACCGCCCGUUCGCAGAUCCUUCAGGUUCGCUUUGGAGAAAAACUUGGAGAUAUCCAGAGAAGGCGGCUGUCGGGUGAUGACGUACAACUGUCGCUCGUACGAACUAUACGUCUCUCAGAAAAGCACAAAUACUUUAUUCCCAGGCUUUGGGAUAAGAAAAGUCAGCUGCGUCGACUACAAAUUGGGGCAAUUCGUGCAUUUGCACCCAAAACCUAUCAGGGACAUAACGUAUUCUCAACGCAGAGACCUUCUUUUGAGCGUUGGCUUAGACAGCACUGCCAGAAUCAUGGAAAGAGGCAAUGCCUGCAUGACAGUCAACGCUGGCUUCCCAUUAUGGUCUUGUUCAUGGGACUACAUGAGAACCAACGAGUUUUACGUCGGCGGAGUGGGCGGGGUUAUCCACCAAUACGACGUGAGGAACUCGAGUACUUAUAUGCAGAGAUUAUCAGAUCCCAGUGAUAUUUCCCCUGUUGUAUCCUUGUGUUCUACUGAACAUGGGUUGUUGUCCUGUCAGUUGAACUCUUGCUGGCUGUGGACGUCGAAUAUGAGGCAGUGGGAACCCCGCACUAUACCCAUUGAUGGUCCUUUUAUGUCCUUGUGCUACGACAAUGAAUCCCACAGAGCGCUAAUUUCUUGCAGAUCAGGAUUGGCGACUUCUGAUCGCUCCAGGCUUACGCUAUGCAAACUGAGAAGUAGUGUGCCUAGCGGAGAGGUGUUGUUCGAUGUGGAGCAUACUUUAAACGGCUCUGCGAAGUCUUCCAUUAUGUCUCGAGCCGCUUGGGUGAAAACUACGGGUGCGUCGUGGGUGGCUGCCCAUUCUGAGAGCGACUCGAUGUUGUACCUUCACGGUUUGGACGGAGCUAGGAGUAUAUCACUGUUAGCAGCGGAACCAGCUCUUGAUGUGUGUUCGGCACAAAUAAAUGGUGACACGAUUGUAGCCUCGCUGUCUGAAUCCAGACUUAGGUUGUACAAAUCUGUGGCAAUGAACUCAUGAUAUUAACUUGAACUUAGUGCUGUGAUUAUGUGAAUCGGUGCAGUGAACUGAAAUUGAUACUUCUGUUGUUUUGAAGCAUGCUAUUGAUGAACAGUUUAGUUUUAUAGUACCCAUGGACCUCCUAAUCUAGAGAGGACUUUUAAUUUACGAUAUCCCAAAGUGGCUA